GUCUCCGGGAGCCCAGAAAGACCAUGACUGUCAUUGAUUCUGAUAAUAAGUUGGUCCUACACUCUAUCGGGACUCCUAACGGUAGACGCGCUACCGUGCUCUUGAAGCACUUGAAUGUUCCAUUUCAAUACGACAGAAUAGACAUCACGAAGCAAGAACAAUUUUCAAAGAGUUUCAGAAGCCUUAACCCGUACUCUAAAAUCCCGGUGAUUGAGGAUCAUGACCCCAUCAAUAACGAGGCAGUUGUAAUCUUUGAAAGUUGUGCUAUCCUUCUCUUCAGCGCAGAAAAAUAUGACACUCAAAAGAAGAUUCACUACACUAUAGAAGAUGGGCCAGUAUACUGGGAUCAAAUGAAAUGGCUUUUCUUCACAGCCUCCGAUCUCUCUCCUUCUCAAGGACAGCUCUCAUUUUAUAGAAACUUUGCACCUGUCCAAGAUGACUUUGCCAUUCAAAGAUCACUUCAGGAGACAGAGAAGGUUUAUGAUGCUCUGGAAUUAAGAUUGAACGAAAACAAAGGUUGGUUGGUCUCACAAACUUUGAAUAUAGCCGAUGUUGCGGCAUACGCUUUCGUCAAACGGAGUUCCUUUGUUGAGCUUGAUGUGGAACAUAAGUGGCCACAAGUUUGGAACUACUUAGAAAAACUCGAUAAGAUCCAGGGGUUCCAAGAAGGUUAUCAUUAUGAUGCCUUGGGAUAAGAAAGAGUUUAGUAUAGUUUGAUAUCAGAGUUACA